ACUAGGAAGCUGAGGUUUCCAAGAAGAUCAAAGUUUGAACGCAAUUUUCUACCUGAAAUGGCCUCCCGACUAAGGGUUGAUCCAGAGAAAAUAUAUGAGUGUUGUUUGGAGAUUACUGCUCCCGAAGUUGAGAAUAAGAAAGAAGCAACAAUUAAAUUCAUAUAUCCCCCAGAUUUUAAUGAUGAGGAAGCCCUCAAGCAAAUCCCAGACUUUUGUUAUCCUUGCAUUUCUACCUCGGAUGCAGUACAAAGUUACACGUUUGUGCUGACGGAUCUUCAAAGCCAAUACAGAUUUGGAUUUUGUCGAUAUUCACCAAAUGUAAAAACAUGUCUUUGUAUCUUAAGUUAUUUUCCUUGGUUUGAGACGUUUUAUGUGUUACUCAACACUAUAUCUGAAUUAAAAAAGAAAACAGAGAAAGACUUGGUCAUACCAUUAUUAGAUGCCCUGUUAAAAAGAACUCCACCAAAUCCUGGAGUCACUUUUAAAGUAAAACCUCAUGGCUGUGACAAGGAAUAUAGUUUUAAGACACCUGAUACUACAAAGUUACCAUCCAUACCAGAAAAUCAUAAUUUAACAGAUUAUUAUGCUCACAUUGACCCAAUGAAUAUGAUCCACUUAUUUGUUAGCAUGUUUUUUGAAAGAAGAAUAAUAAUUACUUCAAAGAAACUUAGUUUGUUAACAGCAUGUACUUAUGGUGCUGCAUCACUACUCUAUCCAAUGCAUUGGCAGCAUAUAUUCAUCCCUAUCAUGCCUCCUCAUUUGUUGGAUUAUUGCUGUGCGCCAAUGCCGUUUCUUAUUGGUGUCCAUGCAUCUCUAAUGCAGAAAGUUUAUAAGAUGCCGUUAGACGAAGUGGUCAUUCUAGAUGCAGAUACAAAUGAAAUUGAUACUCCUUUUCAUGACUGUGCAAAAAUACCUCAAGAUGUGAUACUGACCCUCAAAAGCACCCUUAAGAAGACAGUCUACCCAAUAGAAGACCAUGUCUCCAAGGCAUUUCUCUGUGCCAUGGUUUCAUUAGUCGGUAGCUACAGAAAUGCACUAAGAUUUAAACCAGGAGAACGAAUUAUAUUUGACAAAGACGCGUUUAUUCAAUCCAAAUCUACUAGCAAAGGAGCUUUCUUGGAAACAGUUUUACAACUACAGUUGUUUGACCAGUUUAUUGGUGAGCGGUUGGAUCUGCUGAAUUCAGGCCAAGGAUUCAAUGAUCUUUUUGAAGAGCAAAUUGGCCUUCAAGCAGAGGAUCAAAAAAAGUUGAAACAUCAGUACAAGAUUUGGAAGAGACAAAGCACAAAAUAUAUUGAAAAGGCUAUGAAGUCUUCAAAAUACGGUUUCAACGAAACCAAGACAUAUUUAAUGGGAGUUAAAAAAGAAGCCAAGAAAGGUCUAAUCCAGUUGAAGGAUAACAUUGGUGAGAAGCUUCGAGGGAAGGAGGAUGAGGAGAUAGGCGGAGAGCUGAAAAAGUCCAACUCCCUUCCCUACAUGAAACACUAUGGUAUUGGUGCAAAGAUUUCCCCCAUUACGAGACGAAAAGCAUUGUCCCCACAGGCAAGAAAGGCGCACAGUUUUCACCAAGAAAAUGACGUCAGAAGACCACGCCCAAAGCGCCCACCCCCACCAAACGUCCGUGAUCGAACCAAUGCGAUGUCAUUAGUACUCGAUUCAGACCUGAAUGAACGUGAGAUGCCGACUCGGCACAGUACUCCUGAUCUAAAGAUUGAUCCUCCAAUAGCUAAGCUCGUAUCGAUCGAUUCUCCCGAAGAAGACAAGACAAAUGAGGAUGACAAGAGAAGUACCUUACUUGACUUGUCAGAAGCGCUCCAAGAUGAACAAGUCAACGAGGCUUCAUCCAGCCCUCCCUCAGAUAAAAUAGAAAAUCCCGCGAGUACCCAACCAGCAAACUCUCCAAAACCUUCCCGACCGUCGAGGAAUACAUCAUCGGGGAAAAAUCCGAAUCGCCCGAAAGUGCCUCCCAGGCCUUCUCUUUCUAGAAAAACUUCCGGUUCGUCUGAUACUUCCGACGUCAGGUCAGGACAGCAUUCCCCAGCCACCCCCACUGGGUUUGUUCUUACACCUUUAAGACAUUUGUCAAUUGAUUUACACAAAGACAUUUUGACUUCACUUGGACCUGAUUUCGAUGGAUUUUUUCCGAACGCCGAAAGUCAAAAUUCUACGAACACUUCCGAAAGUUCUCCGACGUUAGUCGAUGGCCUUACGAACUCUGUAGAGACAAAAGAUAAACAUCAGAAGAAUAACGUCAAAGAAAACGAACCUGCGGGUAAAAAUAUAAAUGCUCUCGAUAAUUCUUCGCCGCAAAUCGAUAAGAAAUCGGUAACCGACGAGUUGUCAGAAGUGUUCAACUCCAACGACGUCGAAAAGAAGUCCGAUUGGGUCAACUUUGAAUAGAUGAAACAUCUUCAUGUUUCGUGAAGAUUCUUCAGUUUUAUUGCUAGGGUUUUUUAAUGGUUUCUACCAUGGAUGGAGUUCAUUCCAGGCAGGUUUCAAUGUCAUACAAUGGCUGGUCAGAUAUCUAUGAUGUCAAGCCCAGUUACCUCUUCAGAAAAUAACCUCUAAGGUCAAUCACGGGGAAGUUAUCCUCAUUUUUUGUGUCCUUAUAUUAUCAUAAAUAUUUUUGGUCAACAACAAAUAUUUUUCUGGGAUUUGUGGUAGGUCAGUUGAUGUGCCUUCCUUUUGUUUCCUGUAGUUUGCACGAAAACUCCGCUUCGGCUAUGAAAACAAUAUGUAAGAAACGUAGAUGGAAAAAAUAUUGAAUUUUCAAAAAAAAAAAAGGUGUUUUUAUAAACCACAUAUUUGCGGUAAUAUGCUGACACGAAGACCAAGACUAGGCUCCCUGUGGUGGACUAAUCUUUUAUUGUGACCCGUCAAUUUUGGGUGCGCAAGGCAUCACGGUAGCGCUAUUUCAGCCUACGGUAAAUCGUAAUACCAGAAUUUCUCAAGAAUAAGCUUUUUCAUCUUCCUUUUAAAAGCCAUCGAAAUUUAACAAUUUCUUGUUGCAAGAUGUGAAGUUUUAAAUGCGUGACUGAAUAACGUGUUAAGCGUUGUGUGACAAAGAAUAUGUAAGCGUUACUCAGCUUGGGAAGCUCAUUUUUUUAUUCAGAGAAAAAUCUCACUAAGAUGUAUA